CUACAAUUAUUACCCUCCUUUUGACAGAUGAGAAAACUGAGACUCCAGGAAGUAAGGUGUCUUGCCUCAUAUACUUAGGAAGUGUCAAAAGUAGGUAGACCCAGCUUUUCCAACUAACCCCAGCUGCCUAUAACACGGACUGCAUCGCGAGUGUGUGUAUUAAGUGCCUCUCUGUCCCUACAUGUACUUGCUGCCUAGCAUGUGUGCAAUUCCUUAAGACAAACUCAAAGCAAGAACGAAUUUAGAGGUUAUCUAAUUCAAUUCCUUCGUUUUACAAAUCAGGAAACUGAGACCCAGACAGAUGAAGGGGCUCGGUUCCUCUGAAUCCUGGAUCCUGCAUUCUUUUCCCAUUAUAUUCGCCUGUCUCUUCACCCCCACCCCCACAAGCCUCAAAAAUUAAUGGACGUUGAAGGGACGCCAGGAUAGACCGAGGCAGCGGCCCCAUGGGCCCGCCCUUCCCUUUCCCCACUUCCUCUUCCUUGGCCCCAAACCCACGUGGAAGCCGUGCUCCACGGGGGCUGGAGGAGCUAGUCCGGGGCCAGAGCCGGGUGGCCUCGGUCAGCACGGGAGAGGACAGGCCCGGCCCUCAGCCCAGCGCCGACUCAGCCUCCGAGGCUGGCCAAGGGCCGCCGCCACUGCCGCUCCGGCUUUCCGCGUCUUCGAAACCGCCGCCACCUGUCGGGACCUGCCCGCCCCCCGGUAUAAAGCCCCGGGGACGAGCCCUGCCCCCCGGAGUCGGACCCCCAUGGAGACACUGCUGGGGACAGAGCACGGCCGGGUAG